UGAAAGUGAAAAUAUUCAAGAGAAACGUGAAGAUGAAUCAAAAAACAAUUGAAGCAAGGCGACCGCCACAGCUGCCAUCCAUCAACAAAUCAAGUUGUAAGAUUCAUCUAUACUUCCAUUUCCAUACCCCCAAAUUUUAGGGUUUAUAAUUCUCAUCAGCUCAAUCCCCUUAAAAUCAAUUUCUUAUUUCUAAAAAAUCUCCAUCAAUUUAUACACCCAACUACGGAUAAAUCAUAGGGUUUGCACUUUGUUCCAAGUUGAAGAUAUGGCCAUCAUAGGCGACGCUUUACGACAAGCAUUCAUGCAGAAACACGAAUACGAGAGUCUACGUGACGAGGAUAAAGCUUGGACUAAGCUACAAAGACCGAUCUUGAUCUGUGGUUUUGCCUUCAUCACAUUCUCGAUCUUCAUUUCUACUAUUAUUAGCUUGAAUAUAAUAUUUCCGAGUGAUCCCGGACGACGGCCGUUCUGCAGUGAUCUGAGAAUCCAGCCUCUGUCGAUUAAUUUCAGCAGUAUUGGUGCUGCAGACGUUCGUAUCGGUGGUGGCGAAGACCGCGUGGGUGGUGCUUUUUAUCUUACGGAUCAAGAGACUGUUGAUUACUACUGGAUGGUUGUGUUUGUUCCUUCCGCCAUGGUUUCUGUGGUGUCUGCGGUUUAUCUUGUGGCAGGUAUUAGUGUAUCUUAUACUGCUCCAACAAGACAUGGAUGCCUGAAGGUGGUUGAGAAUAACUACUGUACUUCCAGGAGAGGAGGGGUUAGAUGUCUAUCAGUUCUAAACUUAAUAUUCGCCAUAAUUUUCGGUCUUCUAGCACUAUUUCUAGGUUCAACUCUCCUCACACUUGGUUCCCGGUGUUCGAUCCCCUUAUUUUGGUGCUAUGAAAUCUCAUCAUGGGGACUAGUGAUCCUCUAUGGCGGCACCGCCUUCUAUCUCAGGCGGAAAGCCGCCACGGUCCUCGAUGAAACUGAAUUUUCCGGCCGGAAUUUAGGGUUAGAGAUGUUGGAAGCUAACACUGCGGAAUUCACACCAGAUGUUGAGAGGCGAGUAAAUGAAGGGUUUAGAUCGUGGAUGGGAAGUUCGUAUUUGUCGUCUGAUGAUGAAGAUGAAGAUGAGAAUGAUCCGAAUGGUUAUAUGAACUUGUCUCGAACUAAUUCGAGCAGACAAAGAGUGUGAAAUGAAAUCUGACUUAAACCGUAAACCCUGAACCCUAAUUUGUAGUGUUUGAUGUGAUGAAUAUGAGAAAUACUAACGGGAUUUUGUGUGAACGGAUGAGAAGUGAGGUGUUAGUAAUGUGAAUUAUAGAAGGUGGAGAAAUGGCUAUUUGUUGUAGUUGAGAUGUACAAAAUUUUUAAUUGUGAGAAAUUGAUUU